GUUGGAUGGUAUCAACAUGUUGAGGUGGACAUUAGCAUUGCUGUAACAUUACGCAAGGGAUUUUUGUGUGUAUCCUUUCUUGUUUUCCCCCAUUUGACUAGAUGAACUUAAUAUAAUCAUAUAUACUGCAACAUGUAUCUUUACAAAUACUAACUUUGACAAUUAAACGAGCCCCGAUAGUAUCUGACGACUCCCAAACAAAACUCACCACAUUGAACAGCGGAAUCACGCAUGUCAGGGCCGUCCCAUUUACAGGACUCGGUGGUCGACACGGUUUUGGCGUUCUCCUUUUCUCUGGAUGUUGUUCUGAGGGCCUCGUUCUCCUUCUUGACCUUGGAUAAUUCCGACUUUAAUUCGUCGACCAUAGUUUCGAAAAGUUUCGUAGUUUCCGCGAUGGUACUCUUCACUAUACUCUCCAUAAAGGAGGCGUACUGUGUCUGAAAAGCAUCCGCAGACAUCCUAGUAUGGUGGUCUUUCCUCCGAGUUAGUUAUAAGGUUCCUGCGUUUUACCAGUAUUUCCACGUUAGUCGAAAUGUGGAGUGACUACCGCCGUCAACAUGGCUUCCUGGAACCGUCCUGGCUUUGUGUGUACGUGCAUCGUGACGCACAUCUGCUGCGGUCGUCUCUGUCAGUAACAGACGACAAAUGCGCACGCGCGGACUUUCAACAAAGAGAAAAAGAAUAGCCAAUUCUAAUUACGAACAAGGUUUCUGUGUCUAAGCAUACCAAAGCUUCAGUGUAUAUAGAGUUAGAUGUCUAAAACGAUAAACGCAAACAAUAGUUGUUGUCGAGUUGAUAAGUUUUGACCCUAAUUACUCGCCGUAGUCAAAAUGUCGGCAGGGCGAAUAUUUACGGAACAAAAUAAUUGGAUUGCCUGUACAUAAUUAAGAACAAGUUCUAUAUUUAAUAACCUAUAUUUUUAAAUUGUUUCUGCAGUAUUAAUUGUCAUAUCAAUUUAAUGGCGGUUGUUUUUUUUAUUUUGUCCCUAAUUCCUCGCCGUAGUCGAAAUGGCGGAUGGGUGAUUGUUGACGGAACCAAGAUGAAAUUCACUUGCCGCACAAAAUUAAGUAGAAUUGCUUUUUCAUGGUAGUUGACGGUUAUUUUUCGUGCCUACCUUUGAAUAUUAAUGCCAUAUGCAUCGUAAGAAAAAAAUUACAGUUAAUCUUGGUCAUGGAAGCCUCUCUGCUAAGCUCACGUUAGCCAACUAAAAUAGAGGGUCAGUGCCAGGGGUAUUCAUCAGAUGCCACAUUAUAUCUCCAUUGCGAUUGUAACGAAACCAUCACCCGCAAAUGGGACAAUUCAUGGACUUAAUUCAACUGAAAGUUAGCUCGAUAAAUACUUGUUAAGCUAUUUUCAGGACUGUAACGGCCACCGUCAUGGCCGACCCACUCGUGGCCUUUCAGUCGCAUCUGUCUGGUGUGAUGGAGACUGUCUUCAAAGCUGCCAUGUACGAGAUCACCAGGCUUGUGGAAGACAGUUUCAUGGAUGAAGUUGCACGGUGCAGGGAGCAGGUGGAGCGCUUGAAGAGGAAGCUGAAGUGGUCGGAGAGCCGACGCAAAGAGAUGCAGUUGGGCGAUGGGGGCCCGAAAUGUGCUGACUACGGCGGAUUGGAGAUGCUUAACGAAGAGAAGCCGGAAAUGAUCCAGCCAGGGCAUAAUCUUAAGCAAGAGUAUGGGAUGCAAGAAGCUCUGCAAAGCCAAGAGGGAGCUGAUAGACAAACAUGUCGUUCAGAGGAGGAGGCCAGCACUGACAUGAAAGCAUCACAGUCUUCAAAUGUGCAGAAUUUGGACCGGCUGCUCAAGGAGGAAGGCCUUCGCAUCACACCCGAAGCAAAUGAUUCUGAGGAUUUGGAUGAAACACAGACAGCAGCUCUGCCAGGUCCAAGUAAACACUCCAGAUUACAGAGAAAGUCUGACAUCAACUGGGAAGCAUUCAACCAGAGGCUAGAAUCGUCUCCAACAGUUGACUCGGGCGGCCAGUUGCCUCUCCAGGGCAGGUACGUCAUGGACGACAUUAAAAACAGUGGCUAUGGAGACGAGAGCAUGAUAGACAUCGACAACUUGGAAGUGCAAGGAUCAUCACAACCAAGCAUUUCGUACACUGGUCACUAUGAAGGGGAUGUUGACGCACCAGAGGAGGCUGAGCGGCAAACGUUCCAAACGGGGGAAGCUAUAUAUAGAGGCGGGAUGGGGCUCAGGACUAAUGCUGAUUCAAGACAAUUCUCUUGUUUGCUGAUCACUGAGGAAGGAUACAUUCAGAAUCAGAGCCUCUUGCACUCUGCACACGCUUCAAGUGAGAGAUUGAGCUACCAGGACCAAAAUGUUGACAUUCACUCAGGUUUGGCUGGUGGAGGAGAUCUGUAUGGACACCCAAAGGCGUUCCACGCUUGUGAUAAUGCGCAUCAGAGAGCAGGGAGAGGAGCGAGGGGGCACAUUUGUAACCAGCCCUUUCCUCCCUCUGCCCCUCUGAAGGCGCAAAAGCAAGCAAACAGGGGAACCAUGGGGCAAACAUCGACUCAAGUCGGUCAACUCAACGUCCACCAGAAGAUCCACUCAGGGCAGGGGCUUCAUGUCUGCAGCCGUUGCGGCAAAGGCUUCCCCACAUUCUACGACCUGAAGACUCACAGAUGUGGCCAGGCCGGCAACAAGCCUUACUGCUGUACUACAUGCGGAAACAAAUUCAGCCGUCUUUGGAAUCUGAAGCUGCACCAGAGAAUCCACACCCAGGAGAAACCCCAUCAGUGCGCCACAUGUCAUAAGAGCUUCACACGAGCAGACAUAUUAAAGGUGCACCAGCGCACCCACACAGGAGAAAGACCAUACUGCUGCACCGCGUGUGGCCUCACUUUUAAACGUCUGGAUCAUCUGAAAACACACCAACGCAAACAUUUGACACAUCUGUAGAGGUAUACACAUUAAAAUGAAACUAUCUGAUAAUACAAUAAAAUACUUCAGCAGCUUUUUCAGGUGUGAAAAUCUAAAAGGUGUUGCCCGGUCACUUCAUUUAUUUGCUCUUUCUAUUUAAUUACAAUGAUGAUAUUUGUUUGAAAAUAUAACAGAAGGAUUAAUAAACUGUCAUUAUGUCUGUGAUUCCAAUGUGGUAUCCGGCUGUUUAUGAUGCACGCAUACCGUACAGUGAACUGGUAUUCGGCGCAUUCCAAACGAUGAUUUAAAGGGAACUAUGAUGUAUGAUGUAUGAUUUUUUUACUUUUCUGACCAAUAAAUGUAGUUAGAAUGUUGUAUUCUGGUAUUAAACCAUGCCAAAGUUUCAUAUAAUGACGUUUGUGCAUUCGAAAGUGAGCCCUGAAAGAAUUUUGGGAUGGCUCAAAACGCUAGGUUUCUGAGGGCGUGGUAAAACAACCCCUUUGUGAUGUCACAGAGGAACUGAAUUCCUUAUAUGGGCAUCUCUGUAAGCCAGUUAAGGUCUCCCCCAAGCUCUGCUUCCCUUUUUACUUGCCAGCAAUGGCUCGGAAAGCCACAUUGCGUCAUGAUCUGUGUCGCUCGGCGGUCUCCUCCUGCACACCUGAACCCAAUUAGUUUGGGAUGGGAUUAUAUAAGAUCCCUGGCAACCUUGAUGUUCCUUGUGUGCCUGUUGCAUGUCCUCCGCUCUCGGCUAGGUGCAGCACCCUUUGUUCCCUUACUCUCUGGCUUUUAUCUCUAUUUUUGUGAGUAUCUGCCCGCUGGUUUCCGCCUCUGUGUUUUUUGUUGCUUCGCUGUUUUCUGCGUGCUGACCUUCUGUCAGCUGUUUUUUUGUUCCAGAGUCUUACUGUUUUUCCAGUAGCCUUUUCACUACUGUGUUCUUGUUUUACUUGGACUCCUUCCUUAGUGUACACUGUAAAACUGGAUAAGUUUAAUUUACUUAAAAGAUUAGAGGAAACCGGUUGUAAUAAGUAAGUAAUGAGAUGAAUGAAACUUGAGUGAGUUCAAAUUAAAGACUUUAAAGGUACUUUACGUACAAUGCACUAAAAGCCAAGUUCAUUUAACUUAAAAUAAUUCACAAACAUAAAUUGCUUUGCACCACCAUUAAACCUAAUAUCUUA